CGCGGAUAUCAUCAAUGACGAUUCGUCAGUCUGUCGGUGUUUUCCAAUGAAGCCACUGCAAAGAAAAAUCAUACCGAUGUGAAGCAAAUGUUUGUUUUGUACCGUAUUCUUAUAAGAAUCUCAUUACCAGCCAAUCUCCUCAAUGGCUUAAUUGGGCACUCACGUUCAUAAAAUAACAUUGCACAAGCUACCAGAGCGAGUGCUCUCGGCACAAAUAAACGUCGUCCUUGAAAGUGGCUCCUAGGCUUCUUUUUUUUUCGAAAGUUUAAUAUGAAAUAGUUCACCGCAAAACAACAUUGUAAUUGUGAAUCAUAUUCAUCUGGAUCCGAAGUGUGUCGACAAUAAUAACAUUAAUUGAAGCGCAGUAUUACAUCAGAUUCGUAAAGCUUAAUUUCUUUAGUUGAUUUAAUAGUGAAAAUUUCACUAAACUUUAUUAUUUAAUAAUAAGGUUUUGGUAUCUUUAGAUGCUUUUUCUGUAUAAAAAGCCUCGCAAAAACCUGCCAUUAAAAAAAUGAAAACCUGAUAAACACAACUUGUUGCAUAGAUUUCAGAUGUUUCGAAACAUUUUGUCUCGCGCAUGAGUAUAACAACACUAGGGGGUUCCUUUGCUGACUCAGCUUUCUCAUAGGUUGUACUCCGUAUGGAAUCAAAUUACAGAUUUCCGCAUGAAUCAACUUAGCAUUAAAAUUAGAUUAUACACUCAGAACCGAAUAGCCCUCUCUCGUCAACAUGGCCGAAGAUCCGGCGUCUCAGUGGGAGCGCACCUAUGCCAGCAUUAAAUGCGCCCACGAUAAUGCGUACCGCCUCAUCGAGCGCGCCAUCAAGUUUGAGGAACGCGAGCGACCGGAUCUAGCCCUGAAGGAGUACCGCGAUGGCAUCGGGGCCAUCGAUGAGGCGCUUUCCAUUCCGGUGGAGAUUCCAGACAAUUUUCUGAAAGACCAAAACUGGGAUCGGGCAGUGAAAAUGAUACACAAAAUGAAGUGCACCCGAGGCGAGGUGCAGCAGCGGAUUGCGCUGAUUGGGGGUAAGAUAGAUAGUGGUGAACGGAAUGGUGAAACGGCAAACGGUAGCGACGACAUGUUAAGGCCGAGAACGUACACGGAGCUGGCUCAGGCUUUGCAAGGAUUGCAGCAGACCGGCAGUGGUGAAUGCCAGGAAGGUGACGACGAUAGCCUGGAGCUGUUAUUCUCCUGCGAUGGAGUAAAGAUGUAUUACAUCGAACCAGAUGGUGUGGUGUCGAGAACGUUGGAGGAUUCCACGUUACGUAUCAUCAGAAUCAGAAAGGACGACGUGAAAAAAUUAGAAAGUACAGUUUUUGUUCAGGUCAUUCCUAUGUCUGCCUCAACGAGGAUACAGGAUGCCGAACAGCCAAUCGAUCGGGCCAUCGAAGCUGUAGAGGACGUUAUUCUCGUUGAACCAGUUGAAGAAGAGCGCGGUGUCGAUCCAUCCUUCAUUUAUCCGUUGAUACCAGGAGUGUCACCAUACUAUCGGACGGAGUACGGUGCGUUUAUAAUCCCGGAUUUGAGUAGCAUCGACGGUCGCACAAUUGGUUUGGUGAUACCUCCGGGUGCUGACGAAGUUGUUCUGGAAAUUUUUGUCGCCUUACACCGGCUUCGAACGCAAGGAAGGGAACCAGAAGAACGUGCUAAACGUAGCACUAGUGCAACCGUGUCGGUCAACAUUAUCAAAGGAGCAUUCUACGUAUCGAAAGGAUUGGUGAAGGGAGCGGAAAAGACAGGAGAGCUUAUCUCCUACAGUACUCCUUACCUGAUUUCGAAGAUCCAAAAAUCCCCCGAUGAAGCACCCGCCGAUGUUCCCGGCAACGUUAAAACUGGUAUUGAAAUAGCAAAAUCCGUUACAGGUUCUGCGGUGAGCGUGACCAAUUAUGUGGCUGGAAAGGUGAGCUCGGCUACGAUGGCUCUGGGACGAUACCUUGCGCCACACAUCCAGAAGCACGGCUCAAACCUUCUUUCCUACAGCACCGGUAUGAGUGAGAAUGACGCAUCGGACAGAGUUCGGGGAGCGCUCACGAUUUGCGCUGGCGCUGUUGAGGGUUUCGGAACGGUUUACGCUGGUCUUGAGCGGUCCGCUGCUAUUCUGGGCAGGAGUUUGAGUAACAGCACAGUUAAGAUUGUGCACCACAAAUACGGCCCAGACGCAGGUCAGGUGGUAGGAAGCUCUUUGGACACCGUCGGCAAUAUGAUUAACGUCAGCCAGAAUAUGAACCUCAUGACACCAAAGGGACUCGCUAAGAAGUCUGCGAAAAAUGCCGGGAAAGCAUUGUUUUCUGAGUACCGACCACCAAUACCGGAGGUCGAUAAUGCCGAUAUGGAAGGUGCAUCAACAAGCGGUGCCACAGGUGGAGUUGUCACCUCCGGCCAGCGCCUGGUGCCUGCGGCAGUUUUGUAUCCAGAUUUAUCAGGCCUUGCCAGGGAAGUUGCGAACGAGUAAUUUUUUUUUAGAAACUCAUAGGGAUAGGUUAGGGGGCAACAAUAAUUAUAAUUCUUGUUGAGUAUUGGUUUGAAAAUUGGGAUGCUCUUAGGUGUGAUUAAAUUUCAGAAAGUUGAUGAAUCCACAAAUGCUUUAUUAUAUAAACUCAUAAACUAGAUCUGAUACAAAAAUGUUAUUCUAAUUGUUAUCCGGAAAUAUCGAGCUGAGCCAAAGACUCUUGUAAAUUGAUGUGGAAAUGUAUAACACUGCUUCAAAGAAUGACAUUUAGGAUAUGUUAUUUCAGUACUGUAUCUGGCGAUUAUGUAAUAAAAAAGUAUAUUGAACAAAUAA